AUGUAUGUCUGUGGUGAAGACUUUGCAGUCGACCUGUGUGGUGUGAUCAAUAUUGUGAAACCAGUCGUUUCAUUGAUGACCAGAGCUCAAGCUGUGAACUUGACACCUUGGAAGGUAGUCACUUGGUACUCUCGAGUCAAAGAAUCUCUUGAAAGAUGUGAGGCAGAGCUAAAGAAAGUUGAAGCAGGAUCCAAACCCUGCAAGAAGUUCCUUCCAAAACUUUUGGAGCAUUGGGAAGAAAUCUUUGACAUGGAGGAAGAAGAUGAAGAUGAAAGGCAACCAGGAACUUUCCAGGUAUGUACACAUUUUCUUUAUCAAGAUCGUCCAAUUUUGGUUAUAAAGUGCGCCAGCCACCAGGAAUGCAGAAGAAAUAAAUAAGAUUAAAUAUAAUUGUACAGUAUGUGUAUUGUAAAUUAAAUCUAACAAUAAUUAAUAUACGUUAUCUCUCUAAAACCUUCCAAGGUGUACCACUUCUGUAUGGCUGGUUAAGCCAGGCGCACACACUGCGAUUUUAGUCGGCCGAUUUAAGGUUUAGGUGUAUGAUAUUGGCAAAUCUAGCGAUGUAGAUGAGCCCACAGAUCCUAUCACUGAUUGUUUUUGCUGAAAACAUCUAUCUAAACCUGAAUCGGCCGACUAAAAUCGCAGUGUGUGCGCCUGGCUUUAGUAGUAGGCCAGACUACUGAAAUCAAUAACGGCAAGAAGAAAACCACUUACGACUGAUAUGCACGAAGUCCGAAAGACUGUAUUCCUGAUCUUAUUGCUUUCGCUCAAAAUCUUCAUAUUGCGCUAGAUGCUCGAUUCAACCUCGCUGUCCCUGACAAACUGAAGUUGGCCAGGGUAGUUCCUAUAUAUAAAAAUGGACCAACAUUCCAUGUAUCAAAUUAUUGCCCCAUAUCUUUAUUGUCAAAAUUUAAUAAAAUUUUAGAAAAAUUAAUGAAUAAGAGACUAACAGAUUUUCUUGAGAAAAAUAAUUUGUUAUUUCAUGGGCAAUUUGAAUUUUGGUCAAAUCAUUCUACUAAUCAUGCACUAUUGCUAAAUACUGAUAAAAUCCAAAGGGCUAUUGAAAACAAAGAAUAUACUUGUGGUAUUUUUCUCGACUUGAAGAAGCUUUUGAUACUGUAGACCACAAACUUUUGCAAAAAAAUGGAAUAUUAUGGAGUCAGAGGGCUAACAAAUCAAUUGUUUUCUUCAAAUCUAAUAAAUAGGAAACAGUCUGUCUCAGUUGGCAUUGCUAUAUCUGAACAAAAACCUAUUACAUGUGGGGUUCCACAAGGGUCGGUUUUAGGGCCACUUUUAUUCUUGUUAUACAUAAAUUAUUUUAGUUUUUCAGCUACUAAUUUAGAUUUCCAUUUGUUUGCUGACAACUCUAUUUUAUUUUCAUAAAAAUCUUAAAGUCUAGAACAAAAUCUCAAUGAACAGUUGUCCAAGGUUGAUAAAUGGUUGUGUGCAAAUAAAUUAUCUUUAAGUAUAGGUAAUAGCAUGGUUUCGAGUGCAAUUUGGAUAUAACAUGCACAAGUGAGUUUUUCAAAUACCUCAUCUGACUAGAUUAGCCCUAAAUGGUUAUUUCAGAUAGCUAAGCUCGUAUAUUGUUUAUAUAAAUAUUUAUUGUAGUGUUAUAUAUUUGUGAAAUUUUCGAGUGAAUAAAAUCAUGUAUCUAAAGGGUGGUUAGUUACACUAAAUGCAAUUCUUUUAAUUUGGGCACACCUCGAAACAACACAUGAGUUCAAGUUUCUUCUAACAAGAAGGUUAAACACCGACCCCUUGGAGAACUUCUUUGGUACCAUACGGUAGCAAGGAGGAAACCGUGACAAUCCAAACCCCAGCACAGUUUUCUAUUGCUUUUAGGAAAUUAUUUUUAGUUCCUUCCUUACCUCUUCAGCAGGAAAUUGUACUGCAGAUGUUGAUGAACUCCUUGGUAACUUCAAAAAGACAACUAAAGCAAAGCCAGUCAUCAUGAACCACAGCUACCAAGCCUCAUACCUUGAACAUUGGACGAACUGAUUACAUUUGACAAGAACCUUGUCAAGGACAUUGCAAUUGCAUAUGUUGCUGGUUAACCUGGUCCAUAAAUGUAUGAAAAUCCAUACUUGUCCCACAUGUGCAUAAAUCUGGAUGACAACAGGAAGUUGUUCUGUUUCUUCAAGGCAUAUGAUGAAGCAGCAGACACCUUUGGAGGCUUGCAUGCACCAACAAAUUGCUUUCUUGAAUACAUUAUUCAACAGGAGGAUACCUUUUUCCAAAACGUUUCAGUUUAUACCAAACGUUUGUCUGUUGGAGAUGAUAUUCUCAAAUUGCUUAAGAAAAUACAAGUUCCAUUCCAAUGCUGUGAUAACUUUCCACUAGAUUUCUUGCAAAAGUUAUUUCUGAGGUUGCAAAUUUAUUACAGUUUAAACUUUAAAAUUUGCCAAUCGUGAUCAUUCCAGCACUAAAAAGGACAGGAAAUAUUUGAAACUAACACACUUUAACCAUGUCGUUACACUAUGUGUCACAACCCUAUCAUGCUGGAAUAUACAAACAUGGGCAACAUCCUUGGUUUGAAUGAUUGAACUGUCAACCACUCAAAUAUAAAUAAAUGUUUUUCAUUCAUACUGAAAACAUCAAAUCCUGUUGGAACUAUAAAUAUAAAGUGAAUUCAUAACAGAGAAAGACAUGCAACAUGCUGCCUGGGGUUAUCUGGAAGAAUUUAUGUGGCAAAAAAGAUGGUGUAAAAUCCAAGAUAAAAACCGGUUCAUCCCUUUAGAACCACCAAAUACAAAGAAGAAUAUAAUCAAAAUUCUCAAUAUACCAUGGCUUGUCGUUUCUUUACAUUUUGUUAUAUGAACUUGUGAUUGAGAAUUUUCUCAAGUUAACUGUUUAAGCCGCUUGUGUAAACUGUUGUUGUCCAUAUUUUAUACAUGUAAUGAAUCCUCCAGGCAGUGUGCGCAAUACGACCGCAAAGCAUGAUGGCAUUUUCGCACCUGAAUUGCAAUUGCGCCUCAUUUGCAUUUUGCUUUGACCGAGUGAACAUCAGAGACAAUCGCUGUCAGCGAAAAUAAAUACUCUAAUUUAAUAUUCUUCGAUGGGAACAAUUGCCUUUAUUCCCACACAUAAAGAAAUAUGGUAAUAAGGUGCAUAUCAGCUAAUUUUAUGGACAAAUUGUGGCAGUCGACGCUUCAUGUUGGAUCCAUAAAGCAUUAGCAAUUUUAUCACAACAUGGCAAUCUCGAAAGGUGAGUUAUAGGUACUAUAUUGGACUAUUUUAUAGGUAAUUACUACAUAUUUUCACUAAAUACUUAUCUUCAAUACAAAAAACUGGAGUGAUUCCUUUUGUAGUGUUUACUUAAAGCAUAUACAACAAUAUAUAUGCUCUCAAUAUAUAUAUCUCAGAAAUGUUAUCUUCGGUCCGGUGUCCCACAAGGGUCAAUACUAGGCCCUUUACUGUUUUUGAUAUCAUUUAAUGACAUUGUCGAUGUAAUUGAACAAUCCAGAAUAGUGAAAUAUGCCGACGAUGUUGUUUUGUAUGUAGAGGAUAAGAAUAUGGAGUCAAUCAAAUCAAAACUGACAAACGAUUUGGCCAAUGUUGUGGUCUGGUUGGAUGAAAAUGAUCUAAUUAUCAACUUAAAUGAAGGGAAAACCGAAGCAUUACUAUUUGGAACAGCUAAGCGUAUAUGCAAAUCAAACGAGUCUUUGUCUAUACCGUAUGGAAAUACAGUUAUUAAUCUCACAAAGAAAUACAAGUAUCUUGGUGUUGAAGUUGACUCCACAUUAAAUCUUAACACUCAUUUUGAUGCUUGUUUUAAACAUGCAUCAACAAGGUUACGUCUACUGUCAAAAUUAGAGAUAAUUUAA